AUGGUGAUUUCCAGCGUCUUAUUCGUGGUGGUGCAAAUAAGGAUGAACACCUUGAAUAUGAGUAUGAACAUGAUGAACACCUUGAACAUUGGUAUGAACUUGUUGAAUAAAAAGUCAUGCCCCCCUGCCUUUGGUGGGGAAGAUACUGAAAGUGAGGAGGCAAGCCAAUAUAUGUGUUCCGAAAGUGAGGGUUCUGAGAUAGAGGGUGUGGCAGAAGGUGUUAUAGAGAGUAGGAUGGUAGUGCAUGAGGGUGAGGGGGGUGAUCCAUCAGUAGACUCUGGGUCAGCUGCAUAUAAGGAGAUGCAGAGGAAUUACAAAGUGUUAGAGGCUAUAGAUGAUCGAGUUCUGGCCUUGCCUCAUACACCAGAGGUGGGCUCAAGCAAUCAGGCAUCACCGUCAGGGUUUGUGGGUAUAGCCGUGACUUCAAUUUCAGAAGGAGUGGAUAUACGAGUUGGUAUCCCUUUGUCGAGGCGUAAUAUACUUACAGAGGUAAAGCUGGCAGAGCUUCGGAUAGAUUUUAGUGUCCCACCCUCGGUGGGCUUGAGGUUACCCACUGCUACUGAUGUGGUUAGAUAUCCUCCGGAGGGAUGUGUGCUGAUAUUUACCGAUAUGUACCAGCAUGGCUUCAGACUACCGUUUCAUCCUUGGGUAUAG